UCUGCACAAUCGUUUCACUAACGUCGCGUCGGUGACUCGUGCAGUGUGAGCGUGAAUGCAGUGUGCGUUCGCGUCGAAACGUAAGAAAAACAAUAACACAAUAAUUAUAAUAUUAUAACGUCGGAAACACGUCCGCACGCGAAGUCUAAACGUUAUCGUAAUAAUUUAGUUUUUCUGCUGUUUUUUUUUAAAUUUUCUUUCGGUAUUUUCGUUUUUUCUCUUUUAUCUCCUGCAUAAUAUUAUUGUAUAAGAUAAUUCGUGGUCGACACGCGAGUCGCUAAGGUUCGCCACACGUAUACGACGAAAACGACGACGACGACAUGGACGACAAGGAUAAGAUACGGAAGAUGUUCAGUUGGAGCGCGAGUCUCACAGAAGGGAACGAAGAAUCCGGUGGCGUUAAGGCGACGAUGACGUCCGGCGUGGGCAGUUCUCCGGACGUGGUGGCCAUGGAGCCCCGGAACGGCGGCGGUAGCGUCAGCGUGGGAUUAGCGGACGGCGGUGGCGGAAUCGUCAACCCCGCGUUUCAACCGCCUUCGUUGCUCAGCCAACAAAGCACCGUGUGGACGCGCCGCCAGCAGGCCGUUUGCGUCCGACACGCGUUCAAGCACUAUGGUUCCACGAGCAAGCCGAACCACGUGCUUAGUAACCUCAACAUGACGGUCGCUAAGGGCACAAUAUAUGGACUGCUGGGAGCUAGUGGUUGCGGUAAGACGACAUUGCUCAGCUGCAUUGUUGGCCGAAGGCGACUAAACACUGGACAGAUAUUUGUGCUCGGAGGAAAGCCCGGAACAAAAGGAAGUGGUGUGCCCGGAAAACGCGUUGGAUACAUGCCUCAGGAAAUAGCCCUGUAUGGAGAGUUUUCCAUCAAAGAGACAAUGAUGUAUUUUGGUUGGAUAUUUGGUAUGGAAACGUCGGAAAUUAAUGACAGACUUCAAUUCCUUUUGAACUUCUUAGAUUUGCCCAGCCAGUCUAGAUUGGUGAAAAAUCUUAGUGGUGGUCAACAAAGAAGAGUUUCAUUCGCUGUGGCUCUUAUGCACGAUCCGGAGCUCUUGAUUUUAGACGAACCUACGGUCGGUGUAGACCCGUUACUCCGUCAAAGUAUUUGGAAUCAUCUGGUUCAGAUCACAAAAGAUGGACACAAAACAGUUAUCAUCACUACACAUUAUAUCGAGGAGGCUCGGCAAGCGCACACUAUCGGUUUAAUGAGGAGCGGAAGGUUAUUGGCCGAAGAAUCUCCGCGUGCAUUGCUAUCUAUGUAUCAUUGUCAGUCAUUAGAAGAAGUGUUUUUAAAACUGAGUAGAAAACAAGGAACGGACGGACAACCGCAGGAAACACCAGUCAACAUAUCGAAUAACAUUUCACUCGCUACGUUGAAUUGGGGUAAGAAGGACGAACCUGUUUACGUAACGGAAGAGAGCGGAGUAGUAGGCUUGAAUUUCCACCAAUCAAAGGAGGUGCUUGCGCAAGAGCAGUCAAAUGGCAUUAAUGGUAAAUUGGCCGAUAUGCAGAUGAUGGAGCCACAAUACGACUCAAGUUGUUGUGAAAUCACUACUCGAGGAAAAACAAAGGCGCUGUUGCAAAAGAACUUUUUGAGAAUGUGGAGAAACGUUGGAGUGAUGUUGUUCAUAUUUGCAUUGCCUGUGAUGCAAGUCAUACUUUUCUGUUUGGCCAUCGGUAGAGAUCCUACAGGCUUACAUUUGGCUGUAGUCAACAAAGAAAUGAACUGGGAAACAAAGGCGUGUCCUAUUUAUGAUAACUGUACACUUGAAAUGUUUUCGUGUAGGUACUUAAAUGCUUUACCGAAAGACACCGUAAUAUUAGACUAUUAUGAUAGCCCCGAGACAGCCAUAAACGCCGUUAAGGUGGGCGACGCCUGGGGAGCUCUUUACUUCACUGAAAACUUUACCGACGCACUCGUUGCACGAAUGGCGUUGGGCAGAGAAUCUGACGAAGAAACAUUGGACCAGAGUGAAGUGCGGGUGUGGCUUGACAUGUCGAACCAGCAGAUCGGUUUGAUGUUGAACAGAGACUUGCAAUUGUCUUACAGAGACUUUGGACAAGGUUUGCUGUCGAGCUGUGAGCAAAAUCCCAAACUUGCGGACAUUCCGAUUCAGUUCAAAGAACCAAUAUACGGCAGUAGUGAUCCCAGUUUCACGGAUUUCGUAGCGCCGGGAGUUAUUUUAACAAUCGUUUUCUUCUUGGCCGUCGCACUCACGUCUUCAGCGCUGAUCAUCGAGCGGACCGAGGGUCUGCUGGACAGGAGUUGGGUCGCCGGUGUAACGCCGUUAGAAAUAUUGUUCUCCCAUGUCAUUACGCAGUUCGUAGUCAUGUGUGGACAGACGGCACUUGUACUCAUAUUCAUGAUUAUUGUAUUCGGCGUGGAAUGCAAAGGAGACAUUACUCUUGUGAUCACCCUCACGAUAUUGCAGGGUCUGUGCGGCAUGUGCUUCGGUUUCGUAAUAUCAGCCAUUUGUGAACUGGAAAGAAACGCUAUCCAGUUAGCCCUCGGAAGCUUUUACCCGACACUUCUGCUCAGUGGCGUCAUCUGGCCGGUGGAGGGCAUGCCCAUCCUGUUGCGGUACGUCAGCUACUGUCUGCCGCUGACCAUGGCCACGACGUCGCUGCGGAGCAUACUGACCCGUGGCUGGAACCUGCUGGAACCCGACGUGUACUUGGGCUUCGUGUCCACCAUCUCGUGGAUAGUGUUGUUCCUGUCCAUCAGCAUGGCCGUGCUCAAGUUCAAGCGCGGCUGAGCGUCGCUGCCCAAAGUCCCCCCCGUCACUUUCCCGUCGCCCCUCGCCGUUCCGCCAGCACUCGCGGGGUCCUCUCCCCCCCCCCCCCCCCCGGACGUCUGCGUUUUUGUUUUUUUUUUUUCGAACGCCUGCACCGGAAACGGGGUGAAUGCGAACGAAUCCGUCCGGGAAACGCGAACGCCGAUUUACCCCUCCCCACCCACUCCCUAAUUGUAUCUACCCAUCCCCCUUACAACGCCCCCCCCCCCCCCAUAACCAUCGUGACGUGUAUUAUAUUAUUAUAAUGACGAUUUCUUAGAUUAAAACGAUAAUAUUUGCUCAGCAUUCUUUUGUGACAUAAAUUAAUCAAAUUUACAGUCCAAAGUUAUAUUAUGUACAAUGUACGUGUGCGUAUGUCUGUGUGUGUGCGUGUAACGUGUCUACAUCUAACGGAUUCGCGACCACCAUGUGGAGGACCAUUUGUGCGUAAACACGAAUAACGCGCAUGCAUAGGUAUAUACAUAUAUAUUUUUUUUUUACCCAGUGACUUUUUAUUACUUAAUUAGGAUACAAUCUAGUAUUUAUAUAUAUUUUUUUUUUAGACAUAUAUAUAUAUUUAUAUGUGUGAGAAUAUUUUUUAUGUAAUCUACAUCACCCACGCGCAUAAUUAUUUCAAAAUAGUUAACAUUUGUGAGAUCGAAGGGCUGCGGAUCGUUUUCAAUAGAUUUCAAUUCAAGUGGCAUUAUCGGCGUAAAAUAAUAAUACUGUUGUAUUGUAUAGGCAUUGUAGUGUUAUUUUUAAAGUACUAUCUACAUGAUGUUGUAAAAACAAAUCGACGCGCGACCGUUUCAUCAGCGUCUACAGCCCUUCGGUGUAUUAUAUUAUUUUAAAAUACAUUUUGUGAUUGGUAAAUUACUGUUGUAGUUGUUUUAUUAAUUAGGGGAAAACCGAUCGAUUCGCCGUUUCCGUAUUUCUUUAUCGAAUCUUAUUAAUUAUUAUGUAUCCAUGUACUAUAUUAUUAUUAUUAUUUGUAUUAUUAUUAUUAUUAUUAUUAUUAUUAUACAUAUUAAGGUCGUGGAAAAUUAACGUUAUUCGGGGCCGAUUUAUAUAAUAUGGCGCCAGUUAAAAAAAAAAAAUAAUAAUAAUAAAAAAAUUAAAUUAAUAAAAAAUAGCAAACCAAAAAACUAGAAUUUUUCUUUGCGCAUCGGGCGCUGCACUUUUGAGUUCAGUAUAAUAUACAAAUAUUUUGUUUUGUAAUCGCAUAGCGAACAGACAACAAUCAAUACACAACAUUUCAUUGUGCUGCAGGAAGUCCGCAGAAGAUAAUAACGAUGCACUGUGCGGCGGCGGUACAUUAAUAAUAUAAUAACACAACAUUUGCUUAAUGUCGAAAAACGCAGACGCGAACCAAAGUCUCGUCGUUUUUUUUGGUUCUUAUCAUGACUGUAGCGUUAUAAUAUGGGUCGUGUGUAGGAUGAAGAUUUUUAUCGUCUCGUUGACGAUAUCAUUUUUUAUUUCAAUAGCUCCGAGGACGACGCCUGCUGCAGGUCCUGGUGCAGGAAACCACAUAAUAUAAUAAUAUGCGACGGUGUAAAAUAAAGAAUAAUAAUUAUAAUAUUGAUUUCGUCGCCAUACACUCUCGAUACGCGCACAAUACCAAAAUACUGUACGAUCUAACACUACAUCUACAACUUAUUAAUUGUUGUAACAUAAACACCGUAACGUAAUUAUUAUCGUUAUUAUCAUUAGGGGUUUAAAAUAAUUAACAAUUAUUGUUUAAAUUUCCGUCUUGUGCGUUUAUGUCAAAUCGUCGUUGCACCCACUGGCUGUGAGGGCUGUGAUAAAAAUACCUAAUAAUAUCAUAACCGGAAGACGAUCGACGGAAACUAAAAUAAUAUCAUAAUAUCCGUUAUUUUCAUUUUUCCCGACCUUGACAUUGCCCGCAGUGUACUGCCCAGAGCACUGUCCGUGCGGUCUCGGACUCAAAGCUGAGAGACGUUACAAUAUGACUUUGCAGAGUACCUACUUAAUAAUAAUAAUAUCAUCGUCGCACUAUUCGCGGACGAAAUGUCGAGGGCCAAAUUAUUGUCGAUCACUGUGUAUAAUUAUGGUGUCCGGGGCUGCGGUUGACAGUUGUGUGGACGUUAUAAUAAUAUUAUUAUUCGCCGCCGCCACCGUCAACGCUAAACUUCCGUUUAUAUAUUAUUUUUUUCGUUGGAUAUCGUCGUCGUUGUCGCUAUUAUCCCCGUCGUCCCUGUUUAGUGUACGCUCCGAGUAUAAUAUAAUAUUUAUAAUUUCUAUAGACGAAUAGAGAUUUUAUUGUGAUUUAAAAAUGUUCAACUUCCCGACUCCUCCCUAGACGCCAGAACGGUAUUGCUGUAAGAUUAAUUUAUUCGAGACCAAGUGCAGACGGUUUUAUCACCAUUACUCAUGAUUAAUUUACAAAUUAUCUUGUUGAGAUUUUAUGCACGGACGUGGUUAUUAUUAUUGUUAUUAUUAUUAUAGCUAAGCGAUAUUGUUAUUAUUACUAGGUAUUGAUGUUUCAAUCAUUAUGGUUUUGCUCAAAUACAAGAUUAAAAUACGUCGAA